AUGAUGAAACCUUACAUCGACGGCAUGCUUCGUGGAGCUACCCAAGGACCUGAUGUUCAGCCUACUGCUACCGAUAGAGCUGCGCCGCCAGCAGCUAGGGCAGAGAGCUCUGCACCAGCUCACCAGACCCCGAUGAUGCCUCAGCCUCCGAGGGGCCAGGUUCAUAAUAUUUCAACGCUCAAAGGGGUGGAAGAUUUACUUGCAUCCGCACGGUCGUCAUGUGCCGUCAUAUUCUUUACCUCCGCCACCUGUCCUCCCUGCAAGAUUGUGUAUCCGGCCUAUGACCAGCUUGCUGAAGAAGCUGGUGAUAAGGCGGUGCUCAUUAAGGUGGAUAUCAGCAAAGCAUAUGAUGUUUCAUCCCAUUAUCAAGUGAGGGCAACACCAACGUUUAUAACUUAUCUCAAAGGGAAACGAGAGAGUGAGUGGUCUGGAGCGAAUGAAGCAACACUCAAAGGAAAUGUACGGCUCCUAAUCCAGAUGGCAUGGCCGCCGCAUCCUCACUCCCGCAUCAAACUUCCAAGUUUAGAACGCCAUGUCGAUUCAUACAUAUCCUACAAGAAGGUUCCCCCACUGGAUAAACUGAUGCAAAAGAUCGGAUCGGCUUCUAGCGACCCCAGUAUUGUUGCAUUGGCUAAUUUUAUUAAAGUGUUGAAUACACCCGGCCAGCCAAAACCCGCGUUACCAGACCUUGCGCAAUUCUCCGUUUUUGUGAAGACAAAGUUUCUGGCUCUGCCCCCAGAUACUCAUUUUGCCAUCUUGGACCUCGUUCGAGUCGCGUAUUCUGAUCCCAGAGUCAGCGGAUAUUUCGCCGAAGAACAUGACCAUGGAACCAUUCUGACCCUUUUGUCCCGGGCCAACGACCUUACAGAUACUCCAUAUAACCAGCAGCUCGUCAUGACACACCUUGCAUGCAACCUGUUUACAUCUCACCUUUACCUAACUCAGAUCUCACACAAUGAAAAUCUUCGCCAUGCAUGCAUCAAGCUCGCGACAGGCGCUCUCCUCGACACCCGCAGCAAUCUACGGGCAACGGGGACGUCACUUAUAUAUAACCUCGCCGCCGCUAACCAUAACGGAAGACUGCAUGAUCCCCCAGCGGCUGAAAGCCUUCCAGAAGCCGAUCAAUUUGAACUGUUGGCAUCGGUACUGGAGGCUAUCAGGGCAGAGACUGAGAGUCCAGAGACCUUGCAUGGCCUUCUUUUAUCGUUAGGCCUUUUAGUACACUAUGCCCGGAUGGACGGCGAGGUUGUAGAGCUAUGCAAGGCACUAGAAGCUGCGACCGUUGUAUCUGAGAAAGCGAAGAUCGAUGCAUUCAAGAAGGAGAAGGCCCUUCUGCAAGAAAUCGGCCAGGAGCUUAUGGGUAAAGGAUUAGUCGCAAAGUAG